AUGUCUCUUAAAGCUCUGACCUCUUUCAUCUCGGAGGCAACCAAAGACUUCGAUCUGGCUUACAUAAUCAGUGCUUUCAUUGAAGCUGUUCACUGGGCCAGCGGGUCCACCAACUCCGCCCCUCGAAUGAGCUUCAACGCAUUAGCUCCGAUUCAUCAGCCCAAUCAAUUUGCAGUCAACGACUUCAUGAGCAUUUCAGAGUCCAAGAAAGUCUGA